AUGAAGGCACAAGUGGCGACAUUGCAGGAGGCAGUCCUGCACGAGCUGGAGGGUGCAGUGGAGAGGCUUAAGAAGGUGCAGAAGAGCGAAGAUUCGGAGGACCUCCUCACCAAUUUCCAGCGUGCGGUCUCUGCUCAGCCAGACUCGGAAAAGGCGGAGAAGUCUGCAGAAUGGUUAGGCACCGGUUCGCAGGAUCUUCGCCCCAUACGCCGACCCGAUAAAAGGCGAUGGACAACUUCCAUGGCCGGAAUCGGUGGGGCACUGACACCCUCAUGCUUGGUGACACCACUGGAGGACGCAGACACGCCAGCAACUUCAACCGUGGUCAGUGCAGCAGCGAGUGAAGUCGCGAGCGACAACUCAGACUCGCCACCUAUGUCCCGCCGAACAUCCCUAAGGGAUGGUAGCAUGAAGCAACCUCGCAAAGCGAGCCGUAUCACCUUCGAGGGGCAGCUCCAUGCAUUGGACACGCCAGGUGAGGAGGACGAGGACCUUCAGAAGGAAGCCGGCAGUGAUACAUCGUCUAUUGGCAAGAAAAGCGACGCGUCUUCGAUGAACUGGCGUGCGGAUGCUUUGGAUGUUGGCGAAAAUCUGGCUGCUGAAGCUGCUGCGAAGAAGGGCCACAUGUCUGUCGAUUCCAUCGUGGCUUUAGUGCAAGAGGAACGAGAGCGAUGGGAAGAAGAAAGACAGGCACUCGAGCUCAGGGUGGAAGAGCUGAAGCUUGGCCAACGUUGGGACGAGGCGGUGCACAGCCCGGAUGCGGAGAAGAGGGCCCUCAAAGUCGAGCAGCAGGAGCUGCGCAAGGUCAUCAAGGCUCGCAGCAGGUUUGGUGCUUGGGUCUGCGAGAAACACAUGGUGGAGAGCGAUGACGAGGAGACCGAUGGAGAGAAGGAGGAGUUCGGAGUUCGGUUCAGAGCUCCGGCGCCAGAUGGCUUCACGCUUUGCACAGCUUCGGGCUGUGCGGAUCUUAACCGGGGGCGGGCGCGGGCAGCUGCUGGCGCUGGCAGUGCAAUUUCGAGUGAGUCGGAUGCAUCUCCAAUCCGAAGGAACACGCAUGUUUGCAACGAUGACCACAACAUGUUGGCGAUUGAAACGGUAAUUGUCCUUCCAUCGUCCUCCCGCGACCGGGCAAUUAUGGCACUAAGGAUAAUCAUAGGAUGCAUUUCCUCACACAGAACCCGGAUGGAGAAGCGACACCUGCAGAUCAUGCAGCUCUGGGUUCUCGCGGUUGAUGCCUUGGCAAACAUACAAAUGUCCUUUCAAAGAUUAUGGACUUGCCUCCAGGGCUUCAGCAAGCUGUCCAGGUCAUCGGAGUCGUCGGUCGAUGUCAGCAACAGGCAGGUCAAAGUCGGCAACGAGGACCACGUGGAAGCUCACCUGGACAAAAUGAUCAACGAGGUCCUCCAUACGGAGGUCGGAAAACUGCAAACCACCUUCAGCCAGCACUUGAGAGAGUAUGAGGUUGCUUUGUCGCAGUUUCGCCCUGAAAACGGACACGAACGCUCGUGGGCGCGUCAGGACCUGGAGCUCUUGAGGCAGCAGGUGCAGCUCAUGGAGCGACAGCGGAGGCAGCGGAACCUCGAAGUCGGCAAGCUGCGAAAGGCAAUGAGGGAAGUUCGAAAUGCUCUCUUCGUAGAAACUCCUGCUGCGGCACAGGGCCACUUGGCUGCACAGCAGCUUCUGGACGAGGUUCGAACAGAGCGUGAGCGCAGGCUCGCUGAAAAGCAUUAUUUGGAGGACCAGAUCAAGAAAUUGAAAUCGGAGGUCGAGGAGCUGGAGGAGGGUCAAGCCGCUACUCCAGCCUUUGACCACGAAAAGGAAAAGCUGAAAGCUUCUGUCAGGCAACUGAAGAUGUCGAUUGAGUCCAAAGACCGAUAUGCAUGCUGGGUCUGCAAUCGUGCGCAUGAGCGCCAAGACGAGUCUGCUGAAGGCUCCGAUGCUGGCGAGGACUCCGACAAACAUGACGAGUGUGUCAUGAUGCGCAGGCGCCUAGUAGAGAUGGAGGAGGAGAUUCGCGAGCUGACUGGCGAAGGAGGCACACGCAGCCACACAGCAUCGCACAGCUCACCGAAGACGAAGUGUCAGACCGCCAGCCAGAGCCGGUCUGUUGCUGAGCGCUUUGAUUGCCUGGCAGUAAAGUCUCGCGCAGAAAUGUCGGAUGCUCUGGAACAGAACUCUUGGAUCUCAGGCCUUCUGCCAGAUUGUCCCAUGUCCAAGUUCCACUCUUCGAUCUUCUCGGGAUCGAAUGCGUCCACCGUGGCAGAGGCAUCUGUGCAGUUCUCGGAUUCCGUCUCGGCCGUCACCUCGUUGGAAGUCCCGGAGAACGUCCCAGAGGUUGGCAACAGGUCCGUGCGCGACCGAAUCCUAACCCCGUUCGUAGCGGCCAACGUGACAGCCUCCGAGGAUCGCAGAGCACUGCUGGCACCCGUCCUGUCAACAGUCGAGGAGUUUGAAGCACAGAGCUCCCGAGAGAGGCUUCGUUCAAGCCGAGACAGGAUGCCUACACCUCAUGUAAGCUCAGAGAUGAUUGAGGAAGCUGAGACCUACGCAGCUUCUGGAAAAACAGUCCGAAUCUUCCCUGCAGCCGACAUGGAGGCCAUUCCAGCCUCCGGCAGAAGACGGCCCAGCCGGGAGAGACAAGCCACCCCUUUCGUCAAGGAGGAAGACAUGCCUCCCAACGACACGCGGACCGUCCAGUUCAGUGGUGCGGUGAGCACC